AUGUCCGACUACAGCAAGAAGACCAACGCCGAAUUGGUGGAGAUCCUCAAGGCGCGCUCCCUCCCGCACACGGGCAAGAAGGCCGACCUGGUCGCGCGUCUCCAGGAUAACGACAGCAAGACCACCGCUGCGGCACCCGCAAACCCCCCCAAGACCGACACCGCUGACGAUGUCAUCGACUGGGACGACGAGCCCACCGCCGAAUCCAAGCCCGCCACCACAACCGCCGCCGACGCAACUGCCGCUGCUGCGGGCGGCACGGGCGCCGUGGCCAACCCCGUCGCUGUUCCCAACCAGCAGCUCGAUACCAACCCGGCCGCCACCGAUGACCUGAAGGUCGAAUCGACGGGCGAGGCUGGCGCAACCGGCCAGCCUGAAGCUGCAACUGCGGCCGAGGAGAAGCCUGCCGUGGAUUUCACCCGCGGACUUCCCGCCUCGGAGCUGGAGGAGGAGCUGCGCAAGCGCAAGGCUCGCGCCGAGAAGUUUGGCAUUGUCGAGGAUGAGGAGACUGCAUUGAAACAGGCCGAGAAGCAGCUGGAGCGAGCGAAGCGUUUCGGGACCGGUGGGGCAGUCGAGAGCAAGGAUAACGUGGGUGUCAAGGGGCUUGACGAGGCUCUUCCCGACGAACGGUCCCGCAAGAGAUCCCGCAAUGACCAAGGGGGACGCGGGGGCAAGCGACGCGAUGCCGGCCGGAACCACAACCGGCAGCGCGACAACGGCUCGGGCCGUGCCCAGGGUGGUGGUGGUGCCCAGGGUGGAAACGUUGGUCAGAAGAACUGGAGCGAGAAGGAUGCUUCGGCCAUGGAGGCUCGCAAGAAACGAUUCGCAACUGCGGCCUGA